AUGGAUUAUAUCAUUCCCAUAUUGAAGAAGAGCUUAGAUGCUGAGUUAAAUCUUCCUACUUCCGGAAAGGAAGUGUUAUCUCAAGGACUGUUUGGCAAAGGAAUUUCUCUGGUUGCUGAGCAUAAUAGAUAUACAGUAACUAUUGAACGUUUAGAUCAAAAGUAUUCUACUUCAAUGUCUCUGCUUGAUCAACAGAAAUGGAAAUUAGAAGGCAUCACAAAAACUGUUUCAAUGGAGCAGCUGUUUAAAUUUGGUCAUUAUCUCCCUCAUAGGCCUGUUAUCAAUCCAUCCAGCAGUACUACGAAGGUUCGCCCAGUGUUCGAUGCUUCUUUCAAGCGGCCUGGAUAUGCUUAUUUAAAUGAGUGUUUGAGUGUUGGACCGAGUCUGAUACAUCAGACACUGCCACUACUGCUGAGAUUCCAUUUAGAGUCCUUGGGAGUAGUUGCUGAUAUAAAGCAGGCUUUUCUGCAAAUAGGCAAAGAUGUACUGAGGUUCAUGUGGUGGGAAGAUGCAAAACGCACCAAGCUUAAGAUUUAUAGACACUGCCGAGUGGUUUUUGGCAUCACUUCCAGUCCUUUUCUUCUGAAUGCCACAAUAAAAUAUCAUUUAAGAUUGCAGAAAUUCCAAACAGAAAACCUUCAAAAUGCAAUUGAUAAACUGAGAGAAGGGUUUUAUGAUGACAACCCAGUCACAUGUGUCAUUGACGUAAAAGAACUGGAGCAACUGAAAUCUCAAGCUAUGCAAGUAAUGAAUGAAGCGACAUUUGAACAGAGAUGCUGGGCUCACUCCAGACUUCAAUGUCAUCAAAGUCAAAGUGUUCUUGGUCUUAAGUGGGAUACAGAAACCGAUGAACUUUACUGCAUUGGUUCUCAAGCUGACAUGAAAUUUAGUAAAGUUGUUAGGAAGAGAAUGUUACUUUUUGUUGUUAACAGCACGUAUGAUCCUAUAGGCUUUACCUCACCUGCUGCACUACUGCCUAAGUUACCACUCCAAGAAACCUGGGAAAAUAAGUUAGACUGGGAUGAAGAGUUGUCAUCCAAUUUGCAAUUACGUUACUGA